AUGAAUUAUAUUAUCGAUUUUAUUAAACAAAAUGGGAAUCAAUUUGAAACUCUAGAGAUUAAUAUGACAAAGAUAAAAAGUAGAUUAAAAUUAUAAUAAAAAGAUUUAGCUAUAUACUAUUAUCCAGAUAAGAAUUUAAAUACUAAGGAGAGAUUUAUAAAAAUAAAAAAGCAUAUUAAUUUAUAAUUAACAAUUUAGAAGUAAUUCAUAAAUAUGUAGUAUAGAUCAUAAGAACAAAAGAAAAUGAUUAGUAAAUAGAAAUAAUAUGCAGAUGUUAAAAAGAGAAGAGAACUAUUUCCAGUUAAGAGAGAUAGAGAUAAUCAGAAGAAGUAAUAAGAUAGAUGAAAGUAAAUGAAGAAGAAAUAUAUAUAUAUAUAUUAAAUGUUGUGAUUAAUAGACUUGAGGAAUAAAGAAAAUUUUAAGAAUAUUUCAAUAAAUAGAAAUAAGAAAAAUUAAUUUAAUUUGAGUUACAAAAUUAAGAUCUUUAUAGGAGAUUAAAAAUACAAUAAAGGUAGUAGAUUAAUUAUAUACACUAGAUUUAUUCAAAUUAUUAUUUAAGAACUAUGUAACUAUUCAAGAAAUAAAAAUUAAGGAUAAUAAAAUAAAAUCCAUUAUCACUUUUCAUACUACUGAAGCAGAUGUAAUUAGAUUAUUAAUAUAAUUUAGAAUAAUGCAGUAAUUUAAUAGAAUAAUGAAUAUUUUGAAAGUAAAACAUUUUAUCAAAUAAAAAAAGAGAUAGUAUAUUCAGAAGUAAUUAUAUACAGAGAAGGAGUGAAUAAAUAGAAAUGA